AGCGCUUUCUGUCCUGCGCAAUGGCGUCAUCACACUGACAGUUCUUCAGUGUAUUAAAAUGUUAAACACAAUGAGUUGAGAUUACACGUCUUAUUCUUUAUAUCAACAACAUACUGUAAUCGGCGACAUGUCUUUCCUCGUAGAUUCAGCGAUUAUGUUCACAUCUCAGGUGCUGUUUUUCGGUUUCGGGUGGCUCUUUUUCAUGAGGCAGUUGUUUAAAGAUUAUGAGGUUCGACAGUAUGUUGUUCAGGUGGUGUUCUCCGUCACGUUCGCCUUUUCAUGCACUAUGUUUGAGCUCAUUAUCUUUGAGAUCCUUGGUGUAUUAAGCAGCACGUCCAGGUAUUUCCAUUGGAAGCUGAAUUUGUAUGUGAUAUUGCUAGUUCUGAUAUUUGUGGUGCCUUUCUACAUUGGCUACUUUGUAGUCAGUAAUAUACGUUUGUUUCAGCGACAAAGGCUGCUUUUCUCAUGUGUGGUCUGGUUCACGUUUAUGUAUUUCUUCUGGAAACUGGGAGAUCCUUUCCCUAUACUCAGCCCAAAACAUGGCAUUCUGUCUAUAGAGCAGUUGAUCAGUCGUGUAGGGGUCAUUGGGGUCACACUAAUGGCUUUACUGUCUGGCUUUGGUGCUGUGAACUGUCCUUAUACCUACAUGUCAUAUUUUUUAAGAAAUGUGACCGACAGUGAUAUCCUGGCCUUGGAAAGAAGGCUGCUCCAGACCAUGGACAUGAUCGUCAGUAAAAAGAAAAGGAUGGCCAUGACAAGAAGGCAGAUGUACCAGCGUGGCGAGGAGCAGAAUAAACAGACGGGAUUCUGGGGGAUGAUCAAGAGCGUCACCUCCUCACCAUCAGGCAGUGAAAACCUGUCUUUGAUCCAGCAGGAAGUAGAUGCCCUUGAGGAACUUAGUAGACAACUGUUCCUGGAGACAGUGGACCUGCAGGCUACCAAGGAACGGAUAGAAUAUUCGAAAACAUUUCAAGGGAAGUACUUUAACUUUUUAGGGUACUUCUUCUCCAUCUAUUGUGUGUGGAAAAUAUUUAUGGCCACGAUAAACAUAGUGUUUGACCGUGUGGGAAAGACUGACCCAGUGACGAGAGGAAUUGAGAUCACUGUCAACUAUCUGGGAAUUCAGUUUGAUGUGAAGUUCUGGUCUCAGCACAUUUCCUUUAUCCUGGUGGGAAUCAUCAUAGUCACGUCCAUACGAGGCCUUUUAAUCACACUUACCAAGUUUUUCUAUGCCAUAUCCAGCAGCAAGUCCUCCAAUGUCAUUGUGCUCGUCUUGGCACAGAUCAUGGGAAUGUAUUUCGUCUCUUCCGUGCUCCUCAUGCGUAUGAGCAUGCCUUUGGAGUACCGCACCAUAGUGACAGAGGUACUGGGAGAACUCCAGUUUAACUUCUACCAUCGCUGGUUUGACGUAAUCUUCCUGGUCAGUGCCCUCUCCAGCAUCCUCUUCCUCUACCUGGCCCAUAAACAAGCACCCGAGAAGCACAUGAACCUGUGACCUCAUCAGCAGGGGCAGAACAGACUGAAGUGUCUUUCUUCUGUCUCUCAUUUUAAAGGACUUCAAUGCCCCCACCCUGUAAUGAGCAUUAUUGGGUCUGUAUUUCCUGAAUCAGGAGGGGGCUAGAGACAUUUAUAUGUUGAUAUGGGCCUUGGUUGAAAUCAGUGAUGCUGAAUUUUGUUGUCUUUCAGUAUAUGGAUUAACGUUAGUCAUGAAGAGGAAAUAUGGUGUGUGUAAUUUCUGUCUUUUUUAUGGAAUUACUAAACAUAAAAUAUUCUGAAUCAGA